AUGGCCUACUUCCUCCUUUUUCUUGACCUGGCCAUUGUUUCAACCGCGACACCGGCGAUCACCUCGCGCUUCAACUCCCUCAUAGACGUGGGCUGGUACGGUGGCGCAUACCAACUGGGGAGCUCUGCGCUACAGCCUUUGAGCGGCAAGAUUUACCAGCACUUCUCUGCGAAGUGGUCUUUUCUGGCCUUCUUUGCCAUAUUUGAAAUUGGUUCGCUGAUAUGUGCAAUUGCGACAUCUUCAUCCAUGUUCAUUGUCGGAAGGACUAUUGCUGGUGCGGGAUCCUCGGGUCUCGCUAAUGGCGCCUUGACGAUCAUCUCCUGCAUCAUGCCCACCCGAGAACAAGCGAAGUUCUUGGGCCUCAACAUGGGCAUUGGUCAGCUUGGCCUGGCUCUGGGACCUGUGGUUGGCGGAUUGUUCACGGAAUAUGUCUCAUGGCGCUGGUGCUUCUACAUCAAUCUGCCAGUCGGUGUCCCAGUCUUUGGGCUCAUCCUCUUGUUCCGUAUUCCCGAUGCCGAGCCUAAGCUUCCAGUCCGAAAAGUUCUUGGGACGGCGGUCAAAUCCUUGGAUCUUCCCGGCUUCCUGCUCAUCAGCCCGGCGGCCGUCAUGUUUCUACUUGGACUACAAUAUGGAGGCAACCAACAUCCUUGGGGGAGCUCGGUUGUCAUUGGGCUUCUUGUCGGCGCCGGAGUCACCUUCAUCUUGUUUCUCGUCUGGGAGCACCGCCAGGGCGACGCGGCCAUGGUGCCAUUCGCUAUGCUAAGGCAUCGUAUCAUCUGGUCCGCAGCAGGAAACCUGUUCUUCCUGCUCUCAGCUAUUCUUGUUGGCGAUUUCUAUCUUUCGAUAUACUUCCAGGCUAUCAUGAACGACUCGCCUUUCAUGAGUGGAGUUCAUUUAUUGCCGACUACUCUUGGAAUGGUUCUGUUUACCAUGAUUUCGGGUGUUAUGAUUGAAAUGCUCGGCUACUACCUUCCUUGGGUAGUGAGCGGAAGUUCAAUCACGGCCAUCGGCUAUGGGCUCUUAUCGACUUUGAGUCCGACAACUCCUGCCGCGAAGUGGAUCGGGUACCAGGUAUUCUAUGGUGUGGGAAGUGGUGCAAUGGCAUCGUCUGCCUACAUCGCUGUUCAGAAUCUCGUCCCGGCCCCUCAGAUCCCUGUCGCCAUGGCCAUCAUCAUCUUCACGCAGAACAUCGGUGGAGCCAUCACUCUUCUUGCCGCAAACUCCGUCUUCAGCAAUUCUUUGAGAAAGGAACUGCAGGAGCGGGUCGCCUUGAUUGGCAUGGAGCCGGAUGUGAUCAUCAAUGCUGGAGCUAGCUCUGUGCGGAAACUUGUUUCGGGCGACCAACUCCGCCAUACGCUGCAGGCCUACAGUAGUAGUGUUGACAAGGUCAUGUAUCUGGGGGUUGCAGUCAGUAUUGCUACGUUUGCUUUUGCGUGGGGUCUUGGAUGGAAGGACAUUCGAGUCGAGAAGAAGCUAAAGGCCAUCAAGUCCGAGGCAGACGGAGAACAGUCACUGAAGCAGUAA